UUUUUUUUUUUUUUUUUUUUUUUUGCUUCAUUGAUUUUGUGAAUCAUGGAUUGCAGAGUUUUAAAUAUUAUUCAAAAUUUGGAUUUUAUCAAUCUUAUUACCCAAUCAGUUUUGAAUGAAGAUGACCGCAAUCUCGUACUUACAUCAGCGGAAUUAUUAGCUGAUGAUUUUCAUUUGAUUCUUUAUUUAUCUGAAUCGCACGCAAUUCUUUUGGGAAUUCAGCCAAAUGUUACAAGAAUGUCGUUGAAACAAGCAAUUGGGAAAUCCUUGAGAGUGUUUGAGCAAUAUAAAAUUCAACCCUCUGUAUUUAUUCUUUGUACCAAUACUAUUUUUCCGUCACUACAGCCAUUAUUAUCUUCCACUUCACAGAAUUCUCAUUGGCAGAUAACAAAGUGUACUAUGUGGGCAGAAAAGUUUGUAAUUAUCUCCAAUGAUGCUACUUUUCUCCAAGAUGCCGAAGCUUGCAAGCACCUUGAUCCUCUUGUGGUACUUGCAAUAUAUUUUUCUGGUGAUGAAAAUCAAAUAGAGAAGUUGCUAAAUGUUGGCAACACCACUAUGCAAUUUAUGCAUAGCAUUCAAUAAAGUGAUAUCUAUUUUAAUAAUUCUUAAA